AUUAAAUACAAUUUGAUACUAUGUCUCUAUGCGGUACACCAAACCUUACCCCCCAGAAUUAAAUGAUGCUGUACUAGUCAAAAGUUCACUGUUGAUUAUGUAACACCAUUAUUCAAGCUCAUCAUGGACCCAAAUUUACAGGAAAUAUCAUCAUCUGUACCAGAAAAAAAGCUCAUCUUGUAUUCCUGCUGGGGGAGUUCUUGUUCAUGGCGAGUUAGAUUCGCUCUACACUUAAAAGAGCUUCCUUAUGAGUACAGAGCAGUCGAUCUUUCGAAAGGAGAGCAAUUUAGUCCAGAGUUUGAUCGGUUAAAUCCACUUCAUUUCGUUCCGGUUUUGGUGGACGGUGAUCUGGUGAUCACAGAUUCAUUUGCAAUCUUAAUGUAUUUGGAAGAAAAGUAUCCCCAAAAUGCACUCUUGCCAAAUGAUCUAAAGCUAAAGGCUAUUAAUUUUCAGGCAGUAAGUAUUGUCAGCUCCAGUAUUCAACCUCUGCAGAUGAUGCGAGUGGUGCUGAGCAUUGAGGAAAAAGCUGGUCCAGGAGAGGGACUAUCAUGGGCUCAGCAACAUAUAGAAAAAGGCUUUAUAGCUCUAGAGCAGUUGUUGAAGGACGUCUCUGGCAAAUACGCUAUUGGAGAUGAAGUACAUAUGGCUGAUGUUUUUUUAGCUCCACAAAUUGGUAAUGCUAUGAAUAGGUUCAAAGUUGAUAUGUUGAAGUUUCCUACUCUGACUAAGAUAUACGAAUCAUGUAAAGUUCUACCAGCAUUUCAAGCUUCUUUGCCAGAACGCCAACCUGAUGCUGCUGUAAGUAUCUAGGCUUUGUUGUAUUUGAUUGUUGUUGUAAAAGUUUCCACUUGUGACCAACCAUAUGCAAAUAUAUGGACCUGCAAUAGCUGCUUAUAUUUUACCAAUAAAGCUUGAGCAUCUCGUUUUGAAACUUCUACAAUGCCAGCUUUACAGUUGUUGUAGUUAUUGGAAAAGAUUAGUUUCAAUUCUGAAGGUGUUUAUAUCCUUCUCUGGUAUAUAUUCUUACUGGAAGUGUCAGAAUAUAUUGGUCCAUGGAUCAUUCAACA